GCCGCUUCAAUUAGUCAGUUGCACAAAGCGAACGGGGAGACAAGUUACUCAAAAAGUAAUUAUCAAUUAAUCAGUGGAAUUUUCGAGUGUCACAAUGCAACAUCAAUCGCUUAGCACUUCAAUUGGACUGGUCAUGUUUGUGGUUUUCAGCACAGUCUUUGCUCAAGUGCCAUUUCCCGGCCAAUGUCCAGAGGUGAAGAUAAUGGACACUUUUGAUUUGGAUGCGUAUAUGGGAAUCUGGUAUGAGCAUUCAAAGUAUCCGUUUGCCUUUGAGAUUGGCAAAAAAUGCAUUUACGCUAACUACGAGAAUGUCGAUAACUCCACAGUGUCUGUAGUGAAUGCAGCCAUCAAUAGAUUCACUGGAAAUCCAACCAAUGUGACAGGAACUGCAAAAGUUUUGGCACCCGCCCAACUGGCUGUGACUUUUUCUAAGAAUCGUCUGUAUCUUUUUGUGAUAUUCAUUGCCUUUUGUUUCAUUUUAGAGGUGGCUAACAAAGCGAACUAUCUGGUGCUGGGCACCGACUACAAAUCGUACGCAGUUGUCUACAGUUGCACCGCCCUCACUCCGUUGGCCCAUUUGAAGCUCGUUUGGAUAUUGACCAGGGAACGUGAAGCGACAACGGCGACCAUCGAUGACGCCCACAAGAUACUCGAUGACAAUAAGAUUAGCCAAACGGUGCUGAUCAAUACGUUGCAGAAGAACUGCCCCCAACUGGAGGGGAAUGCCACAGAUGCCGCAUUGCUGCAGCUGGAUGAGAAUGAAUUUGACGGCAACGCGUUGAACGAGGCCAUUGAGAGGGCAUGAGAGUGGCUAAGACGCUUCUAUCAGCGUCUUUUCGAUAUCUUUAUGAACUUCUUAAACGAAUGAAAUUGACAAAA